UUACAUCCCCACUAUCAAGGCUCACUUGGGCGUUAUCGUCCUCGCUGUUAAACCGCUAAUACCAUAGUCUAAUAUUGCCCAUUCCUUGGUCUCGCCUUUGGUCGUUUAGGCCUACUUGAGUCGAAUAAAAUGGUGCAUCAGAAUGCAUUUUGAUAUGGGCAUAUAAUCUGAUGCGAUGAACACUGGGGAUUCAUGGGUUAAAAACGGAUGGCCUAGCCUCACCUUUCAAGCGCGUCACCCCUUAGGUGGUCCCACCUUCCAAACCACUGGCGAGGAAAUCACGCUAGCUUGCCAUCCACUAGCGGUUUGAAGCGCGCACUCGGCGUUUGGACACCCUUUUUGCUCGCUCCGCUUUUUGCCGCCGCUCUUUUGAAGAUUAUAGAAAAUAUCAUCGCCACCACAUUCAUAAAGGGGCACUACGGAGGCUGGCGGACAAGUGUGACAUAAGACAUCAUGAAAGACCGCACGCAAGAACUUCGACACGGGAAGGAGACUGAGGAGGAGGAGGAGGUGACUGUGGGCAUGGACAAAGGCUUCAUGGAGGAAUUCUUUGAGCAGGUGGAGGAGAUCCGUGUCUACAUUGAGUCCCUGGCUGAGAAGGUGGAGGAGGUGAAGAGAAAACACAGUGCCAUCCUAGCUGCACCCAACCCUGACGAGAAGACGAAGGGGGACCUGGAAGAUCUGAUGACGGACAUUAAGAAGUUGGCCAAUAAAGUUCGCUCCAAACUAAAGAGUAUCCAACAGACCAUUGAGCAGGAGGAGAGCCAGAACAAGUCUUCAGCUGACCUGAGGAUACGCAAGACACAGCACUCCACGCUGUCCCGUAAGUUUGUGGAGGUGAUGUCAGAGUACAACGCCACCCAGUCAGACUACAGGGAGCGCUGCAAGGGACGCAUCCAGAGACAGCUGGAGAUCACUGGGAGGAAUACAACAAACGAGGAGCUGGAGAGCAUGUUAGAGAGUGACAACCCAGCUAUCUUCACUUCAGGGAUCGUCAUGGACUCCAACAUCACCCAGCAGGCGAUGAACGAGAUAGAGACACGUCACACUGAGAUCAUCAAGCUGGAGAACAGCAUCCGUGAGCUACAUGAUAUGUUCAUGGACAUGGCCAUGCUGGUGGAGAGCCAGGGGGAGCUGGUGAACAACAUUGAGCAGAACGUGUGUAACACGCAGGACUAUGUGGAACAGGCUAGAGACAACUACAAGGCUGCCGUCAGCAUGCAGAAGGGCGGCCGCAGGAAGAUGAUCCUGAUAGGGGUCUGCCUUGCGGUCUCUCUGAUCAUCCUCAUCAUCUCUCUGGCUGUGGGGCUCAGUUAGGGAGCCACCGACAUCCAGACCUUGGCCUGAGGGUGGGUGCCCCUCUGGGCUUGGAGAGGCCUGGUUAAGGGCCUUGUCACCUCCCUGGAGGAUGGCUCAAUGUCUUCCACACUCACCUAGCUCUCUGGUGGUCUGGUCUACCUUCACCCACCCUGGUUAAAAGAAGGUGUGUCAAAGACUGAAGAGCUGGAACACAUAGUUACUGGGCAGACCGGUUCUGGAACACAUAGUUACUGGGCAGACAGGUUCUGGAACACAUAGUUACUGGGCAGACAGGUUCUGGAACACAUAGUUACUGGGCAGACAGGUUCUGGAACACAUAGUUACUGGGCAGACAGGUUCUGGAACACAUAGUUACUGGGCAGACCGGUUCUGGAACACAUAGUUACUGGGCAGACAGGUUCUGGAACACAUAGUUACUGGGCAGACCGGUUCUGGAACACAUAGUUACUGGGCAGACAGGUUCUGGAACACAUAGUUACUGGGCAGACCGGUUCUGGAACACAUAGUUACUGGGCAGACAGGUUCUGGAACACAUAGUUACUGGGCAGACCGGUUCUGGAACACAUAGUUACUGGGCAGACAGGUUCUGGAACACAUAGUUACUGGGCAGACAGGUUCUGGAACACAUAGUUACUGGGCAGACCGGUUCUGGAACACAUAGUCACAGGGCAGACCGGUUCUGGAACACAUAGUUACUGGGCAGACCGGUUCUGGAACACAUAGUCACAAGGCAGACCGGUUCUGGAACACAUAGUUACUGGGCAGACAGGUUCUGGAACACAUAGUUACUGGGCAGACCGGUUCUGGAACACAUAGUUACUGGGCAGACCGGUUCUGGAACACAUAGUUACUGGGCAGACAGGUUCUGGAACACAUAGUUACUGGGCAGACCGGUUCUGGAACACAUAGUUACUGGGCAGACAGGUUCUGGAACACAUAGUUACUGGGCAGACAGGUUCUGGAACACAUAGUUACUGGGCAGACCGGUUCUGGAACACAUAGUUACUGGGCAGACCGGUUCUGGAACACAUAGUUACUGGGCAGACAGGUUCUGGAACACAUAGUUACUGGGCAGACCGGUUCUGGAACACAUAGUUACUGGGCAGACAGGUUCUGGAACACAUAGUUACUGGGCAGACCGGUUCUGGAACACAUAGUCACAGGGCAGACCGGUUCUGGAACACAUAGUUACUGGGCAGACCGGUUCUGGAACACAUAGUCACAGGGCAGACCGGUUCUGGAACACAUAGUUACUGGGCAGACAGGUUCUGGAACACAUAGUUACUGGGCAGACCGGUUCUGGAACACAUAGUCACAGGGCAGACCGGUUCUGGAACACAUAGUUACUGGGCAGACCGGUUCUGGAACACAUAGUCACAAGGCAGACCGGUUCUGGAACACAUAGUUACUGGGCAGACAGGUUCUGGAACACAUAGUUACUGGGCAGACCGGUUCUGGAACACAUAGUUACUGGGCAGACCGGUUCUGGAACACAUAGUUACUGGGCAGACAGGUUCUGGAACACAUAGUUACUGGGCAGACCGGUUCUGGAACACAUAGUUACUGGGCAGACAGGUUCUGGAACACAUAGUUACUGGGCAGACCGGUUCUGGAACACAUAGUUACAGGGCAGACAGGUUCUGGAACACAUAGUUACUGGGCAGACCGGUUCUGGAACACAUAGUUACAGGGCAGACAGGUUCUGGAACACAUAGUUACUGGGCAGACCGGUUCUGGAACACAUAGUUACAGGGCAGACAGGUUCUGGAACACAUAGUUACUGGGCAGACAGGUUCUGGAACACAUAGUUACUGGGCAGACCGGUUCUGGAACACAUAGUUACAGGGCAGACAGGUUCUGGAACACAUAGUUACUGGGCAGACAGGUUCUGGAACACAUAGUCACAGGGCAGACAGGUUCUGCUACUUCAUGUUGAGGAUAUCCACACCCAUAGAAAUCCCAUGAACACUACAGAUAGAUCUCAAUAAUUAGUGGUCCUUGGUAGAGCAUGGCACUUGCAAUGUCAGGAUAGUGGGUUUGAUUCCUGGGACCACCCGUACGUGAAAUGGGCUGUAAGUUGCUUUGUAUAAAAGUGUCUGCUAAAUGUCCUGUAUUAUAAUUGAAUGAUCUUUUUACCUGUUUGUGUCUGCAAGUCAUCACCCUACAUGUGACCCAGUCAUGUUGUAUGAGUGCUUCUGUGUUGUUGAAGGAGAUGUUUUGCAUGUUUUAUAAUCAUGUUGAUGUACUGUGCAGUGUAUGAAUCAUUAUCUAUGACCACGAUGAUAUAAUCAACUACUGGCUGUACUAUGUACUGUGCAUGGCUUCUGUUUUCAGAGAAACCCUGUAUUUAAACGAAUAAUAAUACAGAAUGUGGAAAUUGCCCUAACUGACCCGUAGCACUCCAAUACUGUCUGUGAGAAUAAUCUUAAGCGCUGUGUUCUGUUAUUAAUAACCCGUUGUUUAGGUGUUUAUCUUUAACACAUUUUUACUCUUCUCUUCACAUGCUGCCUGGUAUGUUUGUUUCUCUUUUUAAAAUGUGCAGAAGAAAAUUAUGAUCAUUAUUUGCUGUGUGAUUCUGGGAAUCGUCAUUGCUUCUACUAUUGGAGGAUACCUAGGUAUAGCCUGAGACAUACCA